AUGUCCCGGUCUGUUAUAUUUAGUGCCCCCUUCCCGCCGCCAGGCGAUGGAACAAAUACUGCCCUUCGUCCGCGCAAGAACAAUAUCGCUAUUUUUCAGAGAGACGUUUCCUCCGACCUCAACCAGACCGCCCUGACCACCCAAUCGUUCCUGCUGGGCCCCACGUUCCCGCCUACGACUACGCCAUCGCUGUCUCCAACUCCAUCCUCCAUUUCUUCAACGUCCUCAUCCACUUUCCAGCAGUCUUCCGGGUCUCCCCUGUCCUCCAGGUCCUCCCAAUCUGCCAGCAUUUCGGUUCCACAGACUUCUUCCCAGGGCUCAUUUGCGUCCUCGCCCACGUCCUCACUGGGCUUUUUUUCCCUGUCCACCGCCCCAGGGUCUCUUUCGCACUCAGAUAAUUAUAGCACCUCGCUCCUGCUGACAAUGUCCUCCGUGCACUCUGACCCUACUCCAUCCACAUCUUCGUCUUUCGACACCCCCCUGCUGGAAACUCCCACUUCCUCCUCGUCAUCCUUCACACUGUCGUCUCUGCCGACGCUAUCCCUGUCAUUUUCAUCUCCCACGUUGUCGUCCCUCACACUGUCCUCCCUGGCUUCGCCCACAUUGCCUCCUUCCUCGUCCUCGUGGUCUAGCCUGUCGUCAUCUGAUCCUUCUGAGCUGACAAUGUCGUCCAACACCACGCUGCUGGAGCCCCUGCUGCUGAGCACGCCCCUGCUGUCGACGCUGGAAUCGUCGUCCCUGACCCUCCCGUCGACUUCGUCAGAGCCCACGUUUGAGAGCUCGUCUGAGACAUCUCUGUUUGUCCCGUCAUCAGAGCCCUCCUCGUCAUGGGAGCCUCCCCUGAGCUCUGACCCCACUUCAUCUUCGUCAUUUUUUGCAUCUUCCACUUACUCAGAGGAACCCUCCUCGUCUGAGGAGCCCAGCACCAGCUGGAGCGAGUCGAGCUCGUUUUUCCCAUCCAGCACUAGCGAAACCACCACGGAAAGCACGAGCCUGUCAAGCUCGUCACUGUCUUCGAGCUCAUCUGAGUCGUCUAGUGAAUCCUCGCUGUCGUCUAGCCUGAGCUCGAGCCUGAGCCUGAGUCUGAGUUCAAGCCUGAGCUCCAGCGAAACUACCUCGGAGCCUGAGUCUUCUUCGUCCUCAUCCUCAGCGACAUCGUCUGAACUGCAUUCUAUUACGCUGUUUACGUCCGACUCGUCUGAGUACGCUGGCUACUACUCUACAGUUAGUGUCCUUCCAGACACGACCAUCACCACUUUAGUCGCCGUGCCUACUUCUGCGGACAACAGCGACUCUGGUGGAGGUACGUCACAGCGUAACGCUAAACUUAUUGGUGGCCUCGUGGGUUCCAUUGGUGGUACUAUCUUGAUUGGUUCGCUUGUUGUGCUCUUCUUGUUCCUCAAGAAGCGUCGCUCAAGAGUCACGAACCAUUCUCCAGAUUUUGCCGACGACACUUCCGGCGACUCUAACGAGAAGUCUGGAUUCAAGAAGCUCUUUGGCAUCGGUGCCGGUGGCGCUGCUGGUGCGGCGACUGUCGAUUCCUACAACGAUCUUGAAAAACACCUAGAGUCUAGAGCUGCCGUGUCUGACCCCUUCCUUGGAGGCGGAGUCGGUGGCCAUAACAAUGCUGCCCACGAUACUUCGGACGAUUUUGCAUACCGCGGUGUCUCGAACAGCAAUAACCUAGACUCCAUCUUCCACGGAAGCGGUACCGCGACGGGCGGGAACUCGAACGAUGGAACUGGCGGGCUCAAUCUGAGUUCUGCCAGUAACAGAGGACCGGGACAUUCACGCAUGAACUCUGACGUGAAUCGGAUGGACACCAUGCCCGAACAUUCGUAUGAUUACGACCAAAAAUAUGCCCUGAUGGGUGCUACGCAUGUACGAGAACGGCUGUCUGAGUUUGAAGACGAGGACCUGUUCUUCCAAGCACACAACCAUGCUCCUCUAUUGGAAGGGGAGAACCAUAGCAACAAUUCUCGACUGAGGUUUUUCGAGGAAAUUUAG